GAAUGUCCUGAAAAGUAACACUAUCAUCAAUUAGAAUCUUUUCUGUGGAAUUAUUUCUUUCCUUAGUCAUUUUCUCCUUUUUUUCUACUAGUACUCUUUCACUAUUUUCAUACAAUAAUGAGUGCGAAGGUUGAACAUCUCACUAGAGUUUCUGAAAUUCCGUGAAAUAUUUUCAGCUUCAUAAUCAAAAAUUCAGUGGACUAAAUUAAACUCUUCAAGAACUCAAAAUUUUUUAAGAAAUUCCAUCUUCUUAAAAGCCUGUAGAAGUAGACAAAACAUGACAACAGACUCACAAAUAUUUAUUCUCUUUUUGUUGUAGCAUAGACCAUAACUCCUUUAAUUUCCCCAGCCUACCUCCAUCUUCCCAACUCCUCCUUUUUACCAUGAUGAAACAGCCGCUAGAAUUAUCUGAAUGUUCUUCACAAAGUUCUCCUUCUUUAUCCAUUGAAAAUAACUUAAAAGAUCAUAGCAAUAAAUCUGGAGGGGUAAGACCAUAUGUAAGAUCCAAAAUGCCGAGACUUCGAUGGACACAAGAUCUUCAUCGCAGCUUUGUGCAUGCUGUUGAGAGACUUGGUGGAGAAGAUCGAGCAACUCCAAAAAUGGUGCUACAAUUAAUGGAUGUGAAAGGCCUGACCAUAUCUCACGUAAAGAGUCACCUUCAGAUGUACAGAAGCAUGAAGCAUGAACAGAUGAUACAAGCUGAAGCAGAAGCUGCAAAUGGGAGUAAAAGGAAUAGAAGGGAUGGUCCAGAGCAAAUGAAUUAUCAUCACUACUAUUAUGGCAAAGCCUUGUUUGAUGCCCAUUCGUCGAGUACAGUAACCUGCAGUAACUAUGCGGACCAGCUUGCCUCUACGCCUACUAUUUUGCCUCCUUCAUGGAAACAUAUGCAAGAGACCAUGGAAAAUAAGAUCAUGGAAUUGGACGGAAAGUCUAAUCGUUGCACCAUGUUCAGGGAUUUCUUCAAUGGUCACAAUGUUCAAGAUAUUGGCGACGGGAAUAAAGUGGUAGGAGAAGGUAGCAGUUUGUCAAAUAAGAGUCCAUCUGCAGAAGAUGAAGAUUUCUCCAGUAGCACCAUGUCCUUAGAGCCAUCUGCCAGUUUUGAUGUCAAUAAUCUAUCUCUUGAGCUCACCCUCGCUUAAUAUCUUUUUGUCUGUUCUAAUCCCUGAAGAGAAAGAGAGAGGAACAAAAAAACUUAUAAUCCUUAUUUGACUCUCUUUCUCUUUUUAUGGGCUAAUCCAAGGAAGUAAUUAACCUUGUUUUUUGUUCGUGGAAUCAAACUACGUACCGAGCUGGGUUAGAACUCAAUUUGUACUUAAAUCAGUUUUCUAAUCUACCGGAGACUUGUUUCAAAUUUA